AUGCACAAGCAGGGAAAUGUGAUUCUGGGUGGGCUGUUUGAGGUACACUAUUCCUCUGUUUUCCCUGAGUGGACUUAUACCUCAGAGCCUCAGCAGCCCAGCUGCAACGGGUUUGACACUCUGGGGUUCAGGCAUGCAAUGACAAUGGUCUACACUAUUGAUGAGAUCAACAGGAACUCCAGUCUGUUACCUAAUGUGACUCUGGGAUACAGUCUGUAUGACAACUGUGGAGCACUUGUGAUUGGGUUCAGUGGUGGACUGUCUCUUGCCAGUGGCAGAGAUGAGCAGUAUGUGUUUAAGGAGAACUGUUUGGGGACUCCUCCAGUCCUGGGGAUUGUUGGUGAUUCUGCCUCUACAUUUUCUAUUGCUACUUCAAAUGUGCUGGGUCUUUACAAAAUGCCACUUGUAAGUUAUUUUUCCACUUGUUCGUGUCUUAGUGAUCGGCAGCAGUUUCCAUCUUUCUUCAGAACAAUCCCAAGUGAUGCUUUCCAGGUGCGUGCAAUGAUUCAGAUUCUGAAACACUUCAGCUGGACGUGGGUUGGCCUUCUGGUCAGCGAUGAUGAUUAUGGACUCAAUGUUGCUCGAUCCUUCCAGUCUGAUCUGGCUGAGUCCAGAGGAGGUUGUCUGGCCUAUUUAGAGGUUUUGCCCUGGGACAGUGACCCAAGUGAACUUAGAAGGCUUGUUGGGGUGAUGAAGACAUCCACAGCUCGUGUGGUCAUGGUUUUUGCACAUGAGUUCCACAUGAUUCAUCUAAUGGCAGAGGUGCUGAGGCAGAACGUGACAGAUCUGCAGUGGAUAGCCAGUGAAGCCUGGACAGCAUCUACUGUGCUGCAGACUCCUGAACUCAUGCCGUACCUGCAGGGAACACUCGGCAUUGCCAUCCGGCGAGGGGAGAUUCCAGGGUUCCAGGAAUUUCUAUUACAAACACGUCCUGACAAAGAUAGCUCCGUAAAUAACAUGGUGAGGCAGUUCUGGGAAUUCACAUUUCAGUGUCAGUUUCCUCCAUCAGGAAGCUUGAAAGCUGGAGAAACACUCUGCACUGGAGAUGAAGACUUAGAAAAUGCCAAGACAGACUUUUUGGAUGUUUCAAACCUCAGGCCUGAGUAUAAUAUCUACAAAGCUGUGUAUGCUCUGGCUUAUGCUCUUGAUGACGCAAUGAAUUGUGAGCCAGGGAGAGGGCCAUUCAGAGGGAAAAGCUGUGCCACUUUGCAAACAAUGGAGCCAUGGCAGCUUGUUCAUUAUUUACAAAAGGUCAACUUCACCACACCCUUUGGUGACCAAGUUUCAUUUGAUGACAACGGUGAUGCCCUACCGAUCUAUGAUGUCAUCAGCUGGCUGUGGCUCCCUGAUGGAAGAACUAAAGUUCAAACUGUGGGUGAGGUGAAAAGGUCGGAUUUGAGAGGUGAAGAACUUAAAAUUGAUGAAGACAAAAUCUUCUGGAACUUCAAAUCAAAGAAGCCACCUCGGUCAGUGUGCAGUGAGAGUUGUCCUCCAGGUACCCGCAUGGCCAGAAGGAAAGGACAACCUGAGUGCUGCUUUGACUGUGUCCCUUGUUCUGAGGGACAGAUCAGUAAUUCAUCUGACUCCAUGGAGUGCACCAAUUGUCCAGAAGAUUUCUGGUCCAGUCCAGAGCGUGACCACUGUGUUCCUAAGGAAUCAGAGUUUCUCUCCUACCAUGAGCCUUUGGGAAUCUGCCUCACAACUGCCUCCUUACUGGGCUCAUUUCUCUGUGUUGUCGUCCUGGGGAUCUUCACCUAUCAUCGCAGCACGCCCAUGGUCCGAGCCAACAACUCAGAGUUGAGUUUCCUGCUCCUGGUGGCACUAAAACUCUGCUUCCUGUGUUCACUGCUGUUCAUUGGUCGUCCCAAUCUUUGGACAUGCCAGCUGAGACACGCAGCAUUCGGGAUCAUCUUUGUUCUUUGUGUGUCAUGUAUUUUGGUGAAAACCAUGGUGGUUCUUGCUGUGUUCAAGGCCUCCAAGCCAGGAGGGGGAGCUGUUCUCAAGUGGUUUGGUGCCAUGCAACAGCGAGGGACAGUACUGGUCCUGACUUCUGUUCAGGCAGCGAUUUGUACUGUCUGGAUCGUCUCCUCCUCUCCUUCUCCUCAUAAAAACACUCAAUACUUCAAUGACAAGAUAGUUUAUGAGUGUGUUGUCGGGUCCACCAUUGGUUUUGCUGUCUUGUUGGGUUAUAUUGGCUUUCUGGCUAUCCUCAGCUUCCUGUUGGCGUUUCUGGCCAGGAAUCUGCCCGACAACUUCAAUGAGGCCAAACUCAUCACUUUCAGCAUGCUGAUCUUCUGUGCUGUGUGGGUUGCCUUUGUCCCUGCUUAUGUCAACUCACCAGGGAAGUAUGCAGACGCUGUCGAGAUAUUUGCCAUCCUGGCCUCCAGUUUUGGCCUGUUGGUGGCACUGUUUGGACCCAAAUGUUACAUAAUCCUGCUGAGACCAGAGAGGAACACAAAGAAAGCAAUCAUGGGUCGAGUUUAUAUGAUCAUGAUCACACUGUUGAGGUUUUCCGUCUUUCUGGUGAUAGUUUCAUAUCUUUCAUACUCUGUACCUGACUCUAAUUCGUUAUCUUGUAAAUUAAAAGAAAAGUUUCAACUGAAUGAAAUGCACAAGCAGGGAAAUGUGAUUCUGGGUGGGCUGUUUGAGGUACACUAUUCCUCUGUUUUCCCUGAGUGGACUUAUACCUCAGAGCCUCAGCAGCCCAGCUGCAACGGGUUUGACACUCUGGGGUUCAGGCAUGCAAUGACAAUGGUCUACACUAUUGAUGAGAUCAACAGGAACUCCAGUCUGUUACCUAAUGUGACUCUGGGAUACAGUCUGUAUGACAACUGUGGAACACUUUUGAUUGGGUUCAGUGGUGGACUGUCUCUUGCCAGUGGCAGAGAUGAGCAGUAUGUGUUUAAAGAGAACUGUUCGGGGACUCCUCCAGUCCUGGGGAUCGUUGGUGAUUAUGCCUCUACAUUUUCUAUUGCCACUUCAAAUGUGCUGGGUCUUUACAAAAUGCCACUUGUGAGUUAUUUUUCCACUUGUUCGUGCCUUAGUGAUCGACAGCGGUUUCCAUCUUUCUUCAGAACAAUCCCAAGUGACGCUUUCCAGGUGCGUGCAAUGAUUCAGAUUCUGAAACACUUCAGCUGGACGUGGGUUGGCCUUCUGGUCAGCGAUGAUGAUUAUGGACUCAAUGUUGCUCGAUCCUUCCAGUCUGAUCUGGCUGAGUCCAGAGGAGGUUGUCUGGCCUAUUUAGAGGUUUUGCCCUGGGACAGUGACCCAAGUGAACUUAGAAGGCUUGUUGGGGUGAUGAAGACAUCCACAGCUCGUGUGGUCAUGGUUUUUGCACAUGAGUUCCACAUGAUUCAUCUAAUGGCAGAGGUGCUGAGGCAGAAUGUGACAGAUCUGCAGUGGAUAGCCAGUGAAGCCUGGACAGCAUCUACUGUGCUGCAGACUCCUGAACUCAUGCCGUACCUGCAGGGAACACUCGGCAUUGCCAUCCGGCGAGGGGAGAUUCCAGGGUUCCAGGAAUUUCUAUUACAAACACGUCCUGACAAAGAUAGCUCUGUAAAUAACAUGGUGAGGCAGUUCUGGGAAUUCACAUUUCAGUGUCAGUUUUCUCCAUCAGGAAGCUUGAAAGCUGGAGAAACACUCUGCACUGGAGAUGAAGACUUAGAAAAUGCCAAGACAGACUUUUUGGAUGUUUCAAACCUCAGGCCUGAGUAUAAUAUCUACAAAGCUGUGUAUGCUCUGGCUUAUGCUCUUGAUGACGCAAUGAAUUGUGAGCCAGGGAGAGGGCCAUUCAGAGGGAAAAGCUGUGCCACUUUGCAAACAAUGGAGCCAUGGCAGCUUGUUCAUUAUUUACAAAAGGUCAACUUCACCACACCCUUUGGUGACCAAGUUUCAUUUGAUGACAACGGUGAUGCCCUACCGAUCUAUGAUGUCAUCAGCUGGCUGUGGCUCCCUGAUGGAAGAACUAAAGUUCAAACUGUGGGUGAGGUGAAAAGGUCUGAUUUGAGAGGUGAAGAACUUAAAAUUGAUGAAAACAAAAUCUUCUGGAACUUCAAAUCAAAGAAGCCACCUCUGUCAGUGUGCAGUGAGAGUUGUCCUCCAGGUACCCGCAUGGCCAGAAGGAAAGGACAACCUGAGUGCUGCUUUGACUGUGUCCCUUGUUCAGAGGGACAGAUCAGUAAUUCAUCUGACUCCACAGAGUGCACCAGUUGUCCAGAAGACUUCUGGGCCAGUCCAGAGCGUGACCACUGCAUUCCUAAGGAAACAGAGUUUCUCUCCUACCAUGAGCCUUUGGGAAUCUGCCUCACAACUGCCUCCUUACUGGGCUCAUUUCUCUGUGCUGUCGUCCUGGGGAUCUUCACCUAUCAUCGCAGCACGCCCAUGGUCCGAGCCAACAACUCAGAGUUGAGUUUCCUGCUCCUGGUGGCACUAAAACUCUGCUUCCUGUGUUCACUGCUGUUCAUUGGUCGUCCCAGUCUUUGGACAUGCCAGCUGAGACACGCAGCAUUUGGGAUCAUCUUUGUUCUUUGUGUGUCAUGUAUUUUGGUGAAAACCAUGGUGGUUCUUGCUGUGUUCAAGGCCUCCAAGCCAGGAGGGGGAGCUGUUCUCAAGUGGUUUGGUGCCAUGCAACAGCGAGGGACAGUCCUGGUGCUGACUUUGAUCCAGGCAGUGAUUUGCACCAUCUGGAUUGUCUCCUCCUCACCUUCUCCUCAUAAAAACACUCAAUACUUCAAUGACAAGAUAGUUUAUGAGUGUGUUGUCGGGUCCACCAUUGGUUUUGCUGUCUUGUUGGGUUAUAUUGGCUUUCUGGCUAUCCUCAGCUUCCUGUUGGCGUUUCUGGCCAGGAAUCUGCCCGACAACUUCAAUGAGGCCAAACUCAUCACUUUCAGCAUGCUGAUCUUCUGUGCUGUGUGGGUUGCCUUUGUCCCUGCUUAUGUCAACUCACCAGGGAAGUAUGCAGAUGCUGUCGAGAUAUUUGCCAUCCUGGCCUCCAGUUUUGGCCUGUUGGUGGCACUGUUUGGACCCAAAUGUUACAUAAUCCUGCUGAGACCAGAGAGGAACACAAAGAAAGCAAUCAUGGGCCGAGCCAUUUCCAAAUAA